GCGUCUCUAGUCCAAAAACUCUAUAUGUCUGGUUCAAAAGCAGAUGCAGCAGCCAUAGCUCCAAUAGUCAUGAUGGAGCCUCAUCAUCUCCUUAUGAACUGGAACAAACCUAUUGAUCUCAUUACACAAGAAAACUCUUUUAACCACAAUCCUCAUUUCAUGGUAGAUCCACCUUCCGAAACCCUAAGCCACUUCCAGCCCCCGCCGACAGUCUUCUCCGAUCACGGAGGAGGAGAGGAAGCAGAAGACGAAGAAGGAGAGGAAGAGAUGGAUGAGAUGAAGGAGAUGCAAUACGCGAUUGCUGCCAUGCAGCCCGUAGACAUCGAUCCAGCCACCGUUCCUAAGCCGAACCGCCGUAACGUAAGGGUAAGCGAGGACCCCCAGACGGUGGUGGCUCGUCGGCGUAGAGAAAGGAUAAGCGAGAAGAUCCGGAUAUUGAAGAGGAUGGUGCCAGGCGGUGCAAAGAUGGACACUGCCUCCAUGCUCGACGAAGCCAUCCGCUACACCAAGUUCUUGAAACGGCAGGUGACUUCUUCAGCCUCACACUCAGCUUGGGGCUCCUAUGUCUGACCCUUCUUGCCUUUGUUAUUACCACAACUCGGAUACCUAAUUAUAAUUCUAUCACGCGUUUCAUGUUGAUAUAUAUAGAUAAAUGGUCGAAUAAGGAUUUCGAUCGAAGAUUGUAUGGCUAUUGAUUACAUUAUAUAUUGUACAAUAAAUGAUGAGUGUAUUUCUAUUAAUGUAUGAUAUAUAUCUGUUUGCAGUA